AUGAAAUAAAGACCUACAACUGCCAAAGCUCCAUUAACCAUGGAUUCCAAGGAUAUCCAUCAACUAUAUGAGCUUGAUAGUAAUUCACUUUGUCUCCAACUAGGUCGUUAAUAUUAAUUAAUUGGUAGUAAUCUAUCGCAUUUUAUCAUUUUGAACGAAUUGGGCAAAGGUUCAUUUGGUGUAGUCUAUAAGGUCAAAUCAACUAAUGAUGGACUUAUCUAUGUCUUGAAGAAGAUAAACCUCACUCAUCUUAAACCAAAAUAAUAAGGUAUUAUUAUUUCAGAUUUCUAAGCUGAAGCACUAAAGGAAGCAUAACUUCUACGAACUUUAAAGCAUCCAAAUAUUAUAAGUUAUUAUGUGAGUUUCAUUGAAUAAGAUAAUCUUUGUAUAAUAAUGGAAUAUGCAGAAGGAGGAGAUCUCUAGAAAGUACUUAAAACUUAUAAAUAGUUACUCAAAGAUUAUAAGGAAAAAAGAAAAAGCUUGAAAGAAAAUACUAUUUGGUAAAUGAGUAGAGAAUUAACUUAAGCUAUAUAACAUUUACAUGAAAAUAAUAUUAUUCAUAGGGAUAUUAAGACACUUAAUGUUUUCCUUACUAAAGAUAAACACAUAAAAUUGGGUGAUUUAGGAGUUUCUAAAAUAUUUAAUUCUGAAAUUGCCUUAGAUGGUACACGUGUUGGUACUCCUCUUUAUCUUGCACCAGAACUUGUCUAACAUUAACCUUAUGAUUAUAAAGUAGAUGUUUGGGCUCUUGGUUGUAUUGUAUUUUAGUUGGCUACACUGGAACCACCAUUUUAAGGAGAAAAUCUAAUUACCUUAGGUUAUAGUAUUGUUAACCAUUCACCAAAACCUUUGCCUUCAUAAUAUUCAAGCUGUAAAUUUAUAAAUCAUAUAUUAAGAAUUAUUCUAAUUCAUUACUAAAUUAUUAGAGAAAAUUCCUACAUUAAGACCUAGUAUAUAAUAAAUUAAUAGUCUAUUCUUUGAAAAAUAAGGUGGCGAAUUAAAAAUAUAAUAGUAUUUAAUAUAAAUAAAUAAAGACAUAUUGAAGAACGUACUUCACCUACUCUAAAUCAAAAUUAGCAUCAUUAUUAAAGACCUUUAACAGGCAAUCUAAAUAAAUAGAUAACACCAUCUAUAGAAUUUGAUAAAGUUAAUAAAAUAAAAAAAUCAAUUUUAUAAGUUGAAGGUAAUAUUGAUUAUCUUUAUAAUGUUGAGACAAAUUAAAAAGUAUAAAAAUAGAAUGAAACGGAUAAAAUUAUUAAAUAAUAGCAAUAUUAAUAAAUAAUUACAGAAUAAUAAGAAAAAUUAGAAAAAGAGAAAUUGGAUAAGCAAAGAGAGGAGAAAAUAGAAAAUGAGAAAUAAAUUAAAUUAGAAAAAUAACUAUUAUCAUAAUAAAAAGAAAAAUUAAAUAAAUUAGAUAAGUUAAUUUAAUAAAAUUAAAUUAAGAUAGAUCCUAAUCACAAUGAAUACCAAUUAUAAAAACCUAUUUAAAAAUUACAACAUAAUAAAGUUAAUCUUUUUAUUGAAGAUUAUGAUCUUAAAUAAUCUUGUGAUGAAUAAAAGAGUGCCUUUUCAGUUGAUAAACAUCCUUAAAUAAAAUUUAAAUACUAAAAACCAAUAAAUACAUAUUAAUCUAAUAUUUAAAUAAGACCCUUAUCUGCAUAAGCAAGAUGCUCAUUUGUUAAUAUAUCUUCUAAAUCAAAAUUAAUCCCAGUAUUACAUCAUAACUAAUCAGCUUAAGAGACUAAAAAGUUUACAGUAUUAGAUUUAAAUCCAAAUUUUAAUGAACAUUCUUACCAUUAAGAAAUACCUUUAUCAUAACCAUCAUUAAUUAAAUAACCUGAAAAAAAUGAAGAAUAACAUAUGAAUAAUGUUAAUAAUAAAGAGAUUUCACUUAAUAAAACAAAAGAGAAUAUCCGUAUCAAAAGUGUAUUCAAUUUAUAAAAAACAAAUAAAAGAUUUAAAAAUUAAUUCUAAGAACAAAGUAAUUAAAUUAUUAAACAUUAUACCUUAAAAGACUUAGAAGAGUGAAAAAUAUAAUGUAAUUUUUGUUAUUUUUUUUUUUCUUUAUAACCUAUAUAUUUGUAAAUCUAUUAUUGUAACAUAAUUAUGAAUUAUAGAUAUUAAAGAGGCAAUCAAAAACAAUUACUUUUCUUUAAUCGAAUUCUUUCGAUGGUAAUUGAAAUACAAAAUAAGUUAUAUAUAUAUAUUAAUAUUUAUUAUUAUUGAGUAAUGUCUAAAUCAUCUAAGUCCAGUCGUAAUUUUAUUAUUUCUAUUUCUUAGGAAGCAGUCCAUCCAAGAGUUAACAUUAGAGCCCAAGUCCAAAAUCGAAAUCAAAUUCACAUCCAAAUUAAGGUUAAUCACACAUCAUAUAUCAACAUUCAAAAUACCUCACUAUCAACUACUUCAACAUUAUCAACAUAUAGAAAAAUUAUGCCUCCAUGUCUCCAAUUUGUCCAAGAGAGUUACCGAUGCCGAGUUGAAAGAAAUCUUCGAGAAGUAUGGCCAAAUUGAAUAUGCCACUGUCUGUAUGGAGCCCCGUAGCAAGGGGUAGUAAUUUCCCUAUCUCUAAUUUACCCUAGCCCUGGCAAAGUAUCUAGAGGUUUUGGAUUCGUUAAAUUUGCCAAAAAAGAAAGUGUCCAAAUUGCUCUAGAGGCUAUGCAAGACAAAGAAUUGCAUGGAUCAAAAAUGAAAGUGGAAGUUUCUAAAAGAGCAGAGCCAAGAAGAAAGACCCCAGGUCGAUAUGCUGGUUAUGCCUACCGUCGAUCUAGAUCUAGAUCACAUAGAAGAAGAAGAUCUGUAUCAUCUGACUCUUAUUCAAGUAGUCGUAGAAGACAUCAUAGGUGUUAAAUUUAUAACUAUUAUUUAGUCGUCGACGACAUUAUAAAAGAAGAUCAAUUUCAAAAUCAUAUUCUAGGAGUCCAAGUUAGAGCCACAGAAGGAGAAGAAGAUGAACAAAUAGAUAAUAUUUCAAAUA